AUGAAGCCCGUGUUUGCGUUGAUGAUAUGCUUGGGCCUUUUGGAAGGUGCCGAUGCUAUCGCCAUCCCCGAGUUUGUGUCUCCCAAAGUGGGAUACAUCACUCCUUUGACCCACGGUGAGAAGAAAGACGCUUCAAGCCCAGCGGUCAAGUCAGGUUCUGAAACCAACUCCCCGCCACGAGUUUAUGGUGCUUAUUCACCAAAGUCCAAACUUGUCGAUCUUCCCCCGGUUCGCAGAAGCGAAAAGACUGCAGAGUCGUAUGGCUCUGAUGACGAUGUUGAGGAUGACUACCAAUAUGACUCGGGAGACGACACUCCAGAACCCCCAAAGGACUCUUCUGACUCGGAUGAUGCCGAAGAAGUCUACCCAGAACCAAUGAUGGCUCCCGCAUAUGUCCGAACUGGUGCCCUUCCAGUUGACAAACCGGAAGCAGCCCCCAAGGCAAAGUCAUCCAAGAAAGUGGACAACAAGUCCAAGUCAAAGUCGGAAUCAAAGUCGAGCGAUGACACGGUCCACACAGUCAAGCAUGGAGGCGAUGACGACUCCGAGUCUGGCUCAAGUGGAAAGAAGAAACAAAAGGGCAAGGGAAAAAACAAGGGAAACGACGACAACUCUGGAAAGCACUCUGGCGACGAUGAUGCUUCCAAGCCAAGGUCCAAGGCUGAGGAUUCCACUCCAACAUCAAAGUCGGCACUCUCAACCAGUGUGACUCCAAGGCCAACAUCUGGCACGCAUUCUGAGGACGAUGACGACCAGAAAUCCAGGACCAAGACUGAAGACUCUCCUAAGCCUACAUCGACGUCGGAUGAUUCAUCCAGGGGUAGUGGUAAAGGAAAAGGAAAAGAAAAAGGUAAAGGCGGUUCUGGCAAGCACACUGGUGAUGAUGAUACCACCAAAGCCUCUUCAAAGAAGGGAUCCAAGGAUGACUCAACCAAACCCGCCUCCAAAAAAACCAGUGACUCACCUCGUCACCCACGAGCUGUCAAAACCCACCAAUCUGGCUCAACCUUUGAUCCCAACAGCGCCAAGGGAGGCGGCAAGAAUGGCCCUGGAUACUACAAACCCUUCGACCCUCCCAAGAUGAACAAAGGUUAUAUCCAAGCUGUUCCUCCUCAGGCUAGGCAAAAGAAUAAUAACUCCAACCCCAAGGUCAAGCCCAGGCCCCAGCUCAACAAAAGAGUCAGUGGUCCCCUUUCUUCCCUUUGCAAGCGAGAGCAGUUACUGAGUCUGAGAGCAGCAGCGCCCCUGGAGAGCGUAACCAUCGAUCGCUCCAAGUGGAAGGUGACGUGCGAUAGCAUGAAUCAGGGGGAUGAGUGUCAGAAUGCUAUCGAUGGGAAGGAGAACACCAUUUGGCAUACGCAGUGGGAGGGGGGUGAGCCUGCGCCGCCUCAUAUGAUUACCGUGGAUAUGAAAAAGGUUUAUAAUGUGAAUGGAAUUUCUAUGCUUCCGAGACAAGACGGUUCGCAAAAUGGGUACAUUGCCCAGCAUCAGGUUUUCUUGAGCAAGGAUAACAAGAAUUGGGGUUCUCCAGUGGCGUAUGGAACGUGGUAUACCGACUAUACAACCAAAUAUGCCAACUUUGACACACAGCCUGCACGAUAUGUUAGGCUCGUUGCCAUCACCGAGGCAAAUGGCAACCCUUGGACGAGUAUCGCUGAACUGAACGUAUUUCAAGGGAAUGAUUACGUUCCUCCCCAACCAUCGUCAUUAGGGGCUUGGGGACCGACGGUCAACGUUCCAAUCAUCCCUGUCGCUAGUACUGUUGAUCCAAAGACUGGCAAAGUUCUCAUCUGGUCAUCUUGGGCUCGCGAUACCAUGGACGGAGGUCCGGGUGGGUUGACCCUCACUUCGAUGUGGGACCCAGCUACUGGCCUCGUUUCAGAGCGUCAAGUCACCGAGACAAACCACGACAUGUUCUGUCCAGGUAUUUCUCUUGACGGUAAUGGCCAGCUUGUAGUAACAGGCGGGAACAACGCCGAACGCACAAGUCUCUUCGAUCCAAUCAAACAAGCUUGGAUCCCUGGUCCAGACAUGAAAGUCUCUCGAGGAUACCAAUCUUCCGCAACGACUUCCACAGGUAAAGUCUUUACCAUCGGAGGAUCUUGGAGCGGUGGCGAGGCUUUCAAGAACGGCGAGGUGUAUGAUCCCAAGAAGAAGACGUGGACAUUACUCAAUAAGGCCGAUGUACAGAAGAUGCUCACUGCCGAUGCUCAAGGGCUGUUUCGAUCUGAUAACCACGCUUGGUUAUUCGGUUGGAAGAAGGGGACCGUAUUUCAGGCCGGGCCUAGUAAGGCUAUGAACUGGUACUACACUGACGAGAAAGACGGAAACGUCAAGACCGCUGGACAGCGAAAGUCGGAUCGUGGUGUUGCUCCCGAUGCGAUGUGUGGUAACGCCAUCAUGUUUGAUGCUGUCAAAGGCAAGAUCCUCACCAACGGUGGAACUCCCAAUUACCAGGACUCUGAUGCGACAGCUGAUGCGCACAUCAUCACCAUCAACAAUCCUGGUAACAAGGCCGCCGUUUCGUACGCGAGUGAAGGUCUCUUCCACGCCCGUGUGUUCCACAGCUCGGUUGUUCUUCCCAACGGCAACGUCUUCAUCACAGGCGGUCAACAGUAUGCGAUUCCCUUUGCCGACGCGACACCCGUUCUAGAGCCAGAGAUGUAUCUCCCGGAUGAAGAUCACUUUGUUCUGAUGAAGCCCAACAACAUCGUGCGGACGUACCAUAGCAUCGCGCUUCUCCUCCCCGACGGCCGAGUCUUCAAUGGCGGUGGCGGUCUCUGCGGUGGCUGCGACACGAACCACUUCGACGCUCAACUGUACACUCCCCCGUAUCUGUACGACUCCAAAGGCAGGCUGGCGGCGCGACCAAAGAUAGCAUCCGUGUCUGCUUCCACGAUCAAGGUUGGCGGAACGGUGACUGUUCAGACGAGCGGAGUUGUAGUACAAGCUUCCCUUGUCCGAUACGGAUCGGCGACGCAUACUGUUAAUAGUGAUCAGCGUCGUGUUCCUCUGAUUUUGAGUGAUGCUGGGAAGAACACGUACACGUUCCAGGUGCCAAGUGAUCCUGGUGUUGUGUUGCCUGGGUAUUGGAUGUUGUUUGUCAUGGAUAAGAAUGGGGUACCGAGUGUUGCUUCGACUAUCAAGGUGACAGGUUAG